GCGCUGUGAUGGAACAGCAUGUCCGGUCCACCGACCCCUAGCCCUGUAUAAUACCGCGCACACGCGCUGUGGCUUUGCCAAGAUACCGCUAAACAAGGUGCGGACGACUGCGGAGAGUGUCGCUAUAGUUGGGAGGGGCUCCUCGGACGGCAGGAGUCACCGCAUUUGCGUCUUAUCGUUCGGGAUUAGCAUCAGAGCUCCAGAGAAGUAGCCAUCAUUUCCACUUAUCCACACCAGCUGUUCAAUAUGAAGUGCCUACCCCUCUACCUCCUCCUCUUGCUCCCUCUUGCAAGGGCAGGAUAUUUUGUCGAGGCCAACUUUCUCUGGUACAACAACUCCCUGGACUCAUAUCCGUCCCCCAGCGGUGAUGAAGGUUGCUGCUUUUCACAGAGAAACUGCUCUGAGGAUUGUGUCACUCAGCAGCGCAUCUGCUUCAAGGACUAUGAAUCCGUCAAUAACAUAUCUGAUGAUACUCUCAGUGGCACUGGGUGCAUCGGUGGUGGUAUUAUGCCACGGGCAACUCUUUCCAAGCCGUGGAGUACAUUGACUACUCCGAGCCACCUCUCGACAUGAAAAGACAGAACAAUCCAACGAUGAUAAGCAGCAAAAUUCCUAGGAAGACUUCAGUUGUUCAUCAGAGUUGCAAUAGGGAUGUACAUAGUAGAGUACUUUCAAUUGGACUUUGAAUUGAAUGUAAACGACCCUCCAAUGACCUAACACUAAACGGCAGCUUUUAUGGCUCAUACAUGACCUUUGCCCUUCGUCUCACGCUGACCUGCUGCCAUUCUAUGAGACAACUGCA